CGCCGCAGAGACACUCAGAAGCCAACCGUGCCUCAAACCAACAGAACCAAAGCAGCAGAAUCCAAGAUGCGCGCCUUCAUUGUUAUGUGCCUGAUCGCAGUCACCUGCGCCGAUAAGCUCGGCUACAACUACCAGCCCGUGGGCCACUCCAACUCCGGCCUGUCCUUCGCUCCUGGCAGCGGCAGCAUCGGCGGUGGUAGCCUCGGCGGUGGCAGCAUUGGCGGUGGAAGCAUUGGAGGAGGACUCCAGGGUCUUGGAGGUGGUCUCGGUGGUGGCAGCAUUGGCGGUGGAUCGCUUGGCGGUGGCAGCAUUGGCGGUGGCAGCAUUGGCGGUGGAUCCCUCGGAGGUCUGGGCAGCCUUGGCGGUCUUGGCGGCCUCGGUGGUCUGUCUGGCGAUUCCCUGAACGCUCCCGUCUCCUACAACGCCCCUGCCCCAACUGCCGAGCUCGAGAAGGAGUUCUUCACCUACUCUGCCAACGAACAGGACUUCGAUGAGCCCCAGGAAUUGGAGCGCGUCUCCAGCUCUGUGAACAAGGGUCUGCGCGUCGUCUUCAUCAAGGGACCCGAGAACCGUGGCCUGGAGAACGCUGCUCUGGCUCUGGCCAAGCAGGCUGCCCAGCAGGAGACCGCCAUCUAUGUUCUGAACAAGCAGGCUGACAUCGGAGAUCUGGCCAACAAGCUGAACUCCAUCCGCAGCAACUCCAACAACAAGCCCGAGGUGCACUUCGUCAAGUACCGCACCCCCGAGGACGCUGCCAACGCCCAGCGCGCCAUCCAGUCGCAGUACGAUCAAUUGGGUGGAUCCUCCCAGGCCACCGAUGGUGGUGUUGCCCCAGCUCUGAACUUCGCCUCCGCUGGUCCAGUGCGUCAGGCUACCGCCCAGAACCCCGACAACUCCUACCUGCCAUCUUCGGUCUUCCGUCGCCUGCGCUACUAAAAAGUGAUUUGCUGAAUGGUUUCGAGCCAUCGAAACUAAUUCUGGUCCUUGUUAAAGAGUUAUUGUUGAAACUUAUUGAUAAAUCU